AUGAUCUACGCUGAUUUUCUAUACCACUGCGCUCUUUCGUUUGCCUAUCAGCUCACGCUUCUGACUCUGAACUUGCUUGUGGAACUGUGCCACGACAUCCUGCUGUGCUCCUUGGAGCACACCUACCACUCAUCUCUGAGCAACAAGGUUGUCUUUGACGACAUCGUCUUUGACGCAUCCUUGAUUGCUUCCACCGUACGCGGCAGUCACAUUUUCGCUCCUUGCCGAAUUGACAGGAUCAAGUGGCUCCAACCCCGCGUAGCUACACGCAACAAUGCACUAAGUCGCCUGUCAAUCAGUCCAGUGCAUCCUGAAGUCUCAAAACAACUGCCUGUUGUCACAAUUCUCCCCAACAAAGCUCAACUUGAUGCCUUCUUGGCAAACAUCUCUGGCCGUUUCGACCAUUUGGUUGCUCCUGGCCUUGCUGAGAUCGAUGCAAUACAAUGUCUGUCAUUAGCUGCAAGCCGCCAGCGCGGCCAGGCAAAGCCUAGCCUGGUCACAAUCCCAUCGAGGAAUACCCCCGACCAGAUCCUGAAGGCACUCUACUGCGGGCCUAACAAGCUGUCGCCAUUCAGAGGCAUGCCGGACGAGCCACUCACGCUCGAGCACCUUGGCACCUUUAAAGGAGGUUUCGUUCUCAUUGGCAGAUCAAAAUCUGGCUUUUUCGCUUGGUUUCAUCUCCUGCCUAACGGUCCCAACCCUGCCUCUUCAUUUUGGGCCCAUGCCCCUACCACACCAGUCCCCAGCGGUGCUUCAAGUGGUCGUGGCAAGGCCGGCCGCGGCGGGCGACGCACCGGGGCCGGUGUUGGCAGAGGUCGAGGUGGCCGCAUCGGUCGCGGCGGCCGUAUCGGCAGAGGCAUUGACGAAAAUCCAGAAAACGAUGAUAACGAUAGUGACGAUCACGAAGACAAAAACAAUCACGGCAACCGGGAUAAUAGCAACAGUCAUGGAGACCCAGCCAACCCCAUUCUCUACGCGUGCCCGUUCUACAAAUUCGAUCCCAUCGAACACUUUCGGUGCUAUCGAAAAUACGAACUCAAGAGGUACUCAGAUGUUAAACAGCACAUCUUGAGAUGCCACACCCUUAGCCUUCUCUACUGCACGAUUUGUUGGACGACCUGGAAGGCCAAUCAACACGCCCAGUGGGAGGCUCACUCGAACUCUUCUUGUCAACGGGUACCUGAGCCAGAACAUCUACGUCCUGGCGAAGCGGCUGCACUUAGCGAGCUUGUCUUUGGAUCAAUCAGCGAAGCUGAUAAAUGGUUUAUGAUGUGGGAUCUUCUCUUCGUGUCUCACCCCCGCCCCAAUUCACCCUACGUGGACGGUGGCAUUGGGGAGCUUCUCUGGCUGAUCACCGCCUGCGGGAACCAGUUCCUGCAGCAAAUUCCUUCCCUACUACCUAUUCACGUCACUAUGAACCGUGAACAGGCCUUGCAGGCUGCUGAGCGAAUUCAUAGGAUUUAUGCUUCGCCUUUUACACCCAAUUCACCGCGAACACGGAGGUAUAGGCGACAGCAGGCCAUAGAUCAACAGCAGCAGCAGCAGCAACAACGAGAGCAGCAGGCCAUAGAUCAACAGCAGCAGCAGCAACAACAACAACAACAACAACAGCAGCAGCAGCAGCAGCAGCAGCAACAGCAACAGCAGCAACAACAGCUACAGCAGAUUGAACAGCAACAGCAGAUUGAACAGCAACAGCAGAUUGAACAGCAGGGGCUUCAGUACUACCAACAGCUUCACAACCUGCCAAUGCGCUUGCAACAGCCUCUGAACCAGCAAUUGCACCAACAGCUGCAGCCCCAACCGCCCCAACCACUCCAGCAGCUCCAGUUCCAUCAGACUCAGGAGCUCGAACCGCUGCACCAGAAUAUCGAUCCGGAUCUCACAACGGUCGAACAACCACCACCUCCUCCUACGACCGACGAAACAAAUGCGGCCGACGAACUGGAUGAGGAUGUGCUGACUCGGUACCUGCAUGCACAUGCUUUUGACUACGACUUUGCACCUGGCCCGCCUGACCCCCCUGCUCUUUGA